CUUGUAUAAAAUGAACCCCACACAUUUAAUGCCAAAAAACAGUAGUAAUAAUAAUCAUCAUCAUCAUAUCUCUAUCUACUCACAAAAACAAUUCGGAUAGUGUCUGUGAAUCCAAUCCAAGGAAUGGAAGAAGAAGAAGAAGAGCAUCAAGCAUCGGAGACACAUGAAUCUGUUGGGUUCCAGAAGGGGUCCAAGAAGAAGAAGAGUAAAAAUAGUAAGAGGUUUAGCAAUGAACAAGUGAAGUCACUGGAGACCAUCUUUAAGCUGGAAACAAAGCUGGAGACCAAAAAGAAGCUUCAGGUGGCCAGAGAUUUGGGGCUGCAACCUCGCCAAGUAGCCAUAUGGUUUCAGAACAAAAGGGCCAGAUGGAAAUCCAAGCAAAUAGAGGAAGACUACAGAGUCCUCAAAGCCAAAUUUGAUAACCUCAAUGUGCAGUUUGAUAACUUGAAGAAAGAAAAAGACUCUUUGCUUAUACAGUCAGAGAAACUACGGAGCGAACUAGAAACAAAAGACAUGGAGAUGGGUAGUGGCUCACACAACAAAGACACAAACUAUGAGUCCAAAGAGAGUGUAAAUGGGGGAAGAAGCAUUGUGAGGGUUGAGGAGGAUGAAGAGAAAGACAAGGCUUUAUUAGCAGAAAAGUUUAAGCAAAAAGAAGAAGCAGAGUUCUUGAACCUGGGGGAACUAGGGGGCAGCCCUUUAGCCUCACCUGAACAGUGGUGCAGUGGUAGCUUAAACAUCCCCUUUGACCAAUCAUGUGGCACUCCAAAAUGGUGGGAUUUUUGAACUUCUACAGGUGGGAUAUUUGUUCUGUUUUUCAUACUCUUUUUUGUUUUUUUUUUAGUUGAUAGGAAAGGAUGAUAUGAAUGCAGUAUUUAGCAUCUGAGAACAUAGAGAUUAGCUGUUAUAAAGAAUUAUUAUUUAUGGAAAUUACAUACAGAAAA